GCGUGUUUGGAGGUAGAGACGUAAAGCGUGGCCAAAUGGCAACAAGAUGGAAAGGAAAAGAUAUGAAAGCUAAAAAGGAUGCAGAAGCUGAAGCACUUAAGGAACCGAUGUCAAAAAUUAUAUCUCAACUUCAAUCUUCUCUAGUUCAAUCAGAUACUUGUGGAUUUCUCUCUGAUAACAGUGUACACUUAGCAGUGGGAGCAGAACAAAUUGAACUGCUUGAUAAAGCAUGCUUUGGUCGACCAGUGAGAACAGUUGAAAAGGACAAACAAUGGUUUCAAUUAAGCUUUGAGGAAGCAUUCUACCUAAUAUAUUCCUUGAAAUGCCUUAAGAUUAAUGGCAGUGAUACUAGUUCUCAAAAUAAUAAAGAGUUAUGGCAUUACAUGAAGUGCAAGAAAGAAACAUUCCCUUGUUUCUACAAGGCUUAUUCACAUCUUCGAAUGAAAAAUUGGGUAGUGAGAUCAGGAGGUCAGUAUGGUGUAGACUUCAUUGUCUAUCGUCAUCAUCCAACUCGGGUUCAUUCUGAGUAUGGUGUGCUUGUUAUGUGUGAUGAGGAUGAUAAAGAUCUGAAUGGAAGAUUGAGAGUAUGGUCUGAUGUUCAUUGUACAACAAGACUUCUUGGAAGUGUAGCAAAAAUCUUAUUGGUUAUACAUGUCAUGAAAAAUGGUAAUAGUGAUGAUUCUCCAUCGUGUUUGUCAAACUAUACCAUUGAAGAGUGCACAAUCACCAGAUGGAGUCCUGAACAAUGCCGUGAAAAAUGUAGUUCAUGUUAAUACCGAUGACAGAAUUGGAUAGCAGUUAUUGUAUGGCAUAAUGUACAUUGUCACUUGAUUCGCAGUUGUUUCUGUAUGAAGCCCA